CAUUUUUUAUGUUAAAUUUACUACUUAUAUCUCUAGGGUUACUUGCUAUAAAGAUUAUUGCUAUUUUUAAAAUUAUAUUCAUUAUAUUCUCAAAAUAAAUAAAUAAAGGGAAAGAAAAAACCCAACCCUCUUCCCCAUUUUUCUUUUCCUGAGAAAAUCUCUCAUCCUCUUUUCUUGGCUCCCAAACUGAGAUGAGAUCUCUCCAAACUUAGCAAUAAGUGGCAGAAGGAAAAACAAAAACAAAUCAUCCUUUGUGACUUUCCUUUUUUCGUUAGAUUUAAAGUUCGCCCCUUUUUCUAUUUUUGGAAACUUUACUGGGUUUUGCCUCUAGUUGUUUUCCAUAUCUCUGAUUAGAUCAACUUUAUUUUUUGUUUUCGGUCAGUUGUUUCAUAUUUUCUCUCAAAUCCAUCGUUUUCUCUUCUGGGUAUUCCUUCUUUUGUCUCAGUUUUUCCUGGAUUUAUACAUAAAGAUACAUAUAUAUAUAGAUAUAUAUAUAUAUAUAUAGAGAGAGAGAGAGAGAGAGAGCUUAAUUUGGAGGAAGAUGGUUAGGGGAAAAACUCAGAUGAAGCGAAUAGAAAAUGCAGCAAGCAGGCAAGUGACCUUUUCGAAGCGUAGAAAUGGUCUUUUGAAGAAGGCGUUUGAGUUAUCGGUUCUCUGUGAUGCUGAAGUUGCACUUAUAAUCUUCUCUCCAAGAGGAAAGCUCUAUGAAUUCGCAAGUUCUAGAUGCUUCAGCAUAAACAAGACCAUAGAGCGGUAUACUCAAAGGAGAGCCAAGGAUGGUGGCACCCAUAACACUACUAAUAAAACUGUUUCAGAAGAUAAUGAUCAGCACCUGCAGCCUGCUGUAAAUAAAGAAGACUCCUUUAGCAUGGCAAAGAAAAUUGAGCAUCUUGAAGUUUCUAAAAGGAAGCUUUUGGGGGAUGGUUUGGAGUCAAGCACCAUCCAAGAGCUACAACAAAUAGAGAAUCAGUUGGAGAGAAGCUUAGCCAAAAUUAGGGCAAGAAAGAAUCAACUGUACAGGGAGCAGAUAGAGCAUCUUAAGGAAGAGGAGAAAAGCCUACUAGAGUAUAAUGCUAAACUGAGGCAACAGUGUGGCAUGUUAUCGAACGUUUCAUCAGCAAGUAAAGAGAAGGGAGAUCAGGCGGUGGUUGUACAUAAUAACAACAUUCAUCAUCAUCAUCAUCAUCAAAAUAAUAUGGAAGUGGAGACGGAGUUGUUCAUAGGCCUACCUGAGAGAAGAAAAUAAUUAAAAGUGAUGAUCAUCAUGACCAAAACACCAAUAUAUAAGAAACUUACGUACCCAAAAACAAAACCCCUUCUUUCUUCAUUAUAAUAUAUUUGCUUUUCUAUAUAUUUUUAUCACUUUGAUUUUGAGGUGAUCAAAAUAAUUGAAACGCAAUAAACUCUUUCAAAGUUUCAUGACCAUCGUGUAUGUCUAAAUUACAAUAACUUGAUUAACAAACACCAUGGCGUUAUAAUUAA